AUGCCAUCAAUUACUAUUAUUGGAUCAUUAAAUUAUGAUUUAGUAACAUAUACUAAUAAAAUCCCUCAAGGUGGAGAAACAUAUCAAGCAAAUUCAUUUGAAACUCAUGUUGGAGGUAAAGGAUUAUAUGAAUCUAUUGCUGUUGCCAAAUUAACUCCACCAAAUUCUAUCUUAAUGAGUCAUAAUGAUUGUGGUAGUGAUAAAAUUGAUAUUCGUAUGGUGGGUAAAAUUGGUGAUGAUUCAUUUGGUCAACAAUUGAAACAAUUUUUAAUUGAUAAUAAAGUUAAUGUUGAUCAUGUAAUCACUGUGAUUAAUCAAACUUCUGGAGUGGCAAUUAUUUUAGUUGAACAAAAUAAUAAUGGAGAAAAUCGAAUUUUAAUAAUUCCUGGAGCUAAUGGGGAAUUAAAACUUGAUGAUAAAGAAUAUGAAACCAUUUUCUCAAAAAAUAAAGGUAAUGAUGAAUUUAAUUCAUUUGUGAUUUUACAAAAUGAAUAUCCUGAUACUAUUAAAUCAAUCAAUUGGAUUAAAAAAAAUCGUCCACAAUUGAAUAUUGCUUAUAAUCCAUCACCAUUUAAAUCAGAAUUAAUUACUAAAGAAUUAUUAUCGAAAAUAGAUUUAUUAAUAGUUAAUGAAGGUGAAGCAUUAGAUGUGGCUAAUCAUUUAAUGAAAAAUUCUCAUCAACAAGAUUUAAUUGAUCAAAUAAAUCACAUCAAUCGUGGUGGUAGUGGUGAUGGUGGUGAUAAUAGUAAAUUAUUGAUUGAAGUGUUUCUGAAAUUGGCCAUUGAAUUACAACAAUUAAUUAAUCCUCAUAAUGUUCAAGUGGUAAUUAUAACUAUGGGUAGUAAAGGAUCCAUUUAUAUUGCUAAAGAAACCAAUAAUAAUAAUAAUAAUAAUAAUAAUAAUAAUAAUAAUAAUAAUCCACAAUUUAUUGAAGCUAGAAAAGUUGAAAAAGUCAUUGAUACUACUGGGGCUGGUGAUACAUUUUUUGGAGCAAUUGUUCUGAAUUUAGCAUUAGGUAAACUGAUUGAUUAUGCAAUAAAGUUUGCUACUACAGCAAGCAGUUUAACAAUUCAAAAGAAAGGUGCUGCUGAAGGAAUACCAAGUUAUCAAGAAGUAAUAGACAACUUGUAA